AUGGACAGUGAAAUCGUGGUCACAAUGAAUGACUGCGACGAUCUGAGCGGCAACAGCCACGGUCGCCGGUCGCGAAGCUUCAAAAAUGGCUUCGACCAAGUCAUGGCGCUUAUGACCAGGCUUAACCGUCUUUCUGACUUGAGGAUAUUCUUGACGGUGGAUAGGGUCACCGUGGGUGGAAUGAAGUUGAAGCGGACGCCCCUCGUCCCUAAGUCGAAUAAGUGGACUUGUCCAAAACUUAAUCUGCAUUGA